CAGAAAUUCAGAAAAUAUUUAGAUAUUUAAAAGUAAUUUAGAGGUUUUUAUCUAUAUAUAUCUAUCUCUUGCUCUCUACCUGAGCUUUUUUAUCAACAUCCGGUCCAUCCCUGAAAACACAAGCUCUCUUAAAACCCAUUUUUUUUUUACCGUGGCUUCUCGUUUCAGACCUCCACUCCCGUGGAUUUCCCUAGCGAUCGUUCCGGCACCGGUUCAUUUUUGGAUUUGUAUGCUUCUCCGACUCUACAAGGCAAAAAGGAUUGGGGCAUAACAAAUUGAAUGGUUCUGGAGUGAAUAUAUUCUUUCGGCUUGUACAUGCAUAUAUCAUGGGAUUGACAAGAUUUAUGCGUCCAAAGGGAGGAUGUAAUGAAUCAAGUCCCAACCUUUAUGUGGCUAACUGUGGACCAGCCGUCGGGCUCUCAUUGGAUGCUAUUGUGUUGGUGUUCAGCAAAUAUGGUGAUAUCAGGGGAGUUUAUCCAGCCGAUGAAAGUGGCACUCGUGUAAUUGUGUCUUAUCAUGAUAAGACUUCUGCACAAUCAGCGCUGGAAGCUUUGGACGGACACCCAUGCCCUCAUCUUGGAGGACGUUGUCUGCAUAUUCGCUAUUCUGUACAAUCAGUUUCUAAGGCUAAAGUCAAUGAAUCAUUUGUUGUGUCUUUGGAAGCCUCCGAGUUGAAAAUUCCUGGUGUUUACUUCAUUCCAGAUUUCAUUACUGCUAAAGAAGAGCAGGAACUCCUUGCUGCUGUUGAUAGUAGACCUUGGCAAAAUCUUGCAAAAAGAAGGGUUCAACAUUAUGGUUAUGAGUUUUGUUAUGAUAUAAGAAAUGUUAACACAAGCCAUUACUUGGGUGAACUUCCACAAUUUGUUUCUCUGGUACUCGAAAGAGUAUCUUCCUUUCAGAAGCUAGGUUACACAGGAAGUGUAGUUCUGGACCAGUUAACGGUAAAUGAAUAUCCACCUGGAGUGGGUUUGUCUCCACAUAUAGAUACCCAUUCUGCAUUCGAGGGGUUAAUUUUCAGUCUUUCAUUAGCAGGGCCUUGUGUGAUGGAAUUCAGGAAGUAUCAAAAAGGUGUUUGGGUGACAAACUCUGAAUUAGCAUCUCAUGGAGAGAUGCAAGACUGUGACAAGAUGACCUCUAGUUUUUUGAGAAAGGCUAUUUAUCUUCCCCCACGAUCGAUGCUAUUAUUAUCUGGGGAGGCACGCUAUGCUUGGCAUCAUUAUAUUCCACACCACAAGGUUGACAUAGUGAAAGACAAUACAAUCAGACGGGCACCAAGGAGAGUAUCAUUUACACUGCGCAAGGUCAGGGAAGGACUUUGCGAAUGCAACUUUCCUGCAUACUGUGAUUCUCAGAAAUGCCAUGCAGAAUAAGUAGGUUGGUGAAACCUUCCUAUUUUUAUUUAGUUCAUGGGGUAAUUUCCGUGGAGACAGAUGCGGCUGCAUGAAUUUGAAUAAGCAGAGGCAGUUUUUGCGAAGUCCAAACGUUGUAGUAAUUGAGUUUGACUUGGUCAAGGGAGAUGCAUUCACAUUUUUCUUGGAAAACAAUUAUUUUAUUUUACUUAACUGCAACAGCAGACCUGAUGUAGCAUUCAGCUUAUUUUCAGCACACUGAAUGAACUGUUGAUUGGGAUUUGAUGCAAUUACUUUUUUCAUGAUCUUUAUGGCCGGUGUGGAGA